UUUGCUUCGGGUAUUUUGGGCUUAUCUCGCUGACUCACUGUUGCUGUGAAAACAGGGAUGAGCAUGCUGUUGAAAGUGGCAGAAACCAGAGGAAACUAGUCACGAAAACCCUGACUCUCAGCUGAUAGAUUUCUUCCUGAUAAUUGCCACUACUACUUUUUUCCAGACUAGAGGAGAUCUUCAGGAGCAAACCAGCAGCCACAGUUGCUUCAGCCCAAAUUGACUGUGAUCUCUUUCCCCAUGCUUGAGGGUGCCGAGUUCUACUUUAACGUGGACCAUGGCUACCUGGAAGGCCUGGUGCGAGGGUGCAAAGCCAGCCUCCUGACCCAGCAGGACUACAUCAACCUGGUCCAGUGUGAGACCCUGGAAGAUGUGAAAAUUCAUCUCCAGACCACUGACUAUGGAAACUUCUUGGCUAAUGAAACAAAUCCUCUUACUGUUUCCAAAAUUGACACAGAGAUGAGGAAAAAGCUAUGCAGAGAAUUUGAAUAUUUCCGGAAUCAUUCCCUGGAACCCCUGAGCACAUUUUUUACGUACAUGACGUGCAGUUACAUGAUAGACAAUGUGAUCCUACUGAUGAAUGCUGCAUUGCAAAAAAAAUCUGUGAAAGAAAUUCUGGUCAAGUGCCACCCUUUGGGCCGUUUCACAGAAAUGGAAGCAGUCAACAUUGCGGAGACACCUUCUGAUCUCUUUAAUGCUGUUCUGGUGGAAACACCACUAGCUCCAUUCUUUCAAGACUGUAUGUCUGAAAAUACCCUUGAUGAACUGAAUAUUGAAUUACUGCGCAACAAACUGUACAAAUCUUACCUCGAGGCAUUCUAUAAAUUCUGUAAGAAUCAUGGUGAUGUCACAGCAGAAAUCAUGUGUCCCAUUCUUGAGUUUGAGGCUGACAGGCGUGCUUUUAUCAUCACUCUUAACUCCUUUGGCACUGAAUUGAGCAAAGACGACCGGGAGACCCUCUACCCGACCUGUGGCAAGCUCUAUCCUGAAGGGUUGCGCCUUUUGGCUCAAGCAGAAGACUUUGAUCAGAUGAGGAGAGUAGCAGAGCAUUAUGGGGUAUACAAGCCUUUGUUUGAGGCUGUGGGUGAUGGCAGUGGAGGAAAGACAUUGGAAGAUGUGUUUUAUGAGCAUGAGGUACAAAUGAACGUGCUGGCAUUCAACAGGCAGUUCCACUAUGGCGUGUUUUACGCAUACACAAAGCUGAAGGAACAAGAAAUGAGAAAUAUUGUGUGGAUAGCAGAAUGCAUUUCACAAAGACAUCGAACUAAAAUUAACAGUUACAUUCCAAUUUUAUAAGCCAGUGUGGGGCUUCCAAUGCAGAACAUCUUAAUUAUUAGGAAGAGGUUCCAAGGAAAUUAAAAAUUGUGUUAUAUUCUCUGGGUUACACAAAAAUAAUUCACACUGCAGCUUCAUGAGUUGCAGAUCCACUAGGAACAUAGUAAACCAAGAGAAACAAAGUGAUUCUUUUUUUUUUUUUUUCCAGCUGCCUUAAAUUUUUUUCCACAUUUAUGUCUCACUCUUUACCAGACCUUAGACAUUAAUUCUAAU